AAAUAAUAAUAAUAAUAAUAAUAAAGGAAGGGUAACAGAGAACAACACAUGGCUUUAUCUGGAGUGAUGCUGCCGUCGUUUUCGACAUUCUCAAAUCAAAGAGAAAAAACUUGGGAAAACAGGUGGAAAGGAGAGAUGGACAAGCUGAUGUCGUCCAGCUGCUCCGUGCUCGAAAUGGUACAGAACCUGGACAAAAAGGACGACGAGGAUCUGAGUAACUUUCUUGAUCUGGAUUUUAUUCUCGCUAACACAACUGGCUCAGAAAGCGCCGCGGAAUACGUUGACCCCAACCUGUACCCGGCGGAGAGCUCGGUGCCAUCCUACCCAGCGGAGGACCACCGCUCCCCUCCUCCGCCGUACGGCGCCAGCCUCAUGACGGAGCUGCUGCGCACCGAUGCAACCAGCACGUACGGCGUUACGCGCACCGCCAGCAACAGUAACGGCGGCGGCGUCCAGGGGAGGUUUUUCAACACAGCUCAUUUCCCCCGGCAGGACAUUGGCAGUAACAUUAAAGUCGAGCCGCCCAUGGACAGUUACGGCCCCGUUUUGGGCAUGGUGCUCCAAAGCUGCAGCAAAAUCAAGCAAGAAGGGAACGUUUCGUGCAUGAUGCCCUUCGAGCAGCCCCGGGUGGCGAUCUCCCCGCGCGCUUCCAGCAGCAUGACACCGCCUCUCAGCCCCGACGAUCAGGGCACGUCGGACUACCAGGCACCGAUGUGUCAGACCAUCAACUUCCCGCAUAAGUAUCACGCCGCGGCUGCUUUCCCGCACCACGCACCGGCGCCUCCUCAGAUGCAGAUGCCCUUCCACGCUCCGCACCCUCCGUUUGGAAUGUACGAGGACGCACUCGGCAUGCAGCCGGGUGCGCAGAGGGUGAUGCUCACGCCGCCUUCAUCUCCCCUCGAGCUGCUGGAGUCCAAACCGAAGAGAGGACGGCGAACGUGGCCGCGGAAGCGCACGGCGACGCACACCUGCACAUUCGCCGGCUGCGGCAAAACCUACACGAAAAGCUCGCACCUGAAGGCACAUCUCCGCACUCACACUGGUGAGAAGCCCUACCACUGCAGCUGGGAAGGCUGCGGAUGGAAAUUCGCCCGCUCCGACGAGCUGACGCGUCAUUUCCGCAAACACACCGGCCACAGGCCUUUCCAGUGCCACCUGUGCGAGCGCGCCUUCUCCAGGUCUGACCACUUGGCUCUCCACAUGAAGAGACACAUGUGAAGAAGCGCACGGAAGGACUUGUGUUGAUUACUUAAUUUAAAAUCCCCUCCACAUGACCAAAACCUGUUUUAUUUUUUUCCCUUGUAUACUGAAUUCAAAUUUUGUGUUAUUUUCUAAAAUAACGUAGCUGGUACUACUUUGGUUAUGUAAAAGCUUUAGACAAGCUUGACCAGGAAGGGGCUGGCCCUGUAUAUACUACUCUCUCCUCUGACAGAACUGGAAUGAUGUUUGACACAAAAGUGCCUUUCUAUGACUGUGCUACUGCAAAACUCUUUGUGACACAACUACAUGGCCACGGAACCGUAUACAUGUUCUUGUCGACAGGAGUAAAGUGCACAUACACUUGCCCAACAUGUGCAAAGACAAUGUUUUAUUUAAACUGCCUAUUUGAAUGGCCUGUUUAUUCUAUUGCAUAUUUUUACAUUUUUUUUUGCCUCCUUUUGUGUGAAAACUCGAUCCAGCAGCCGCUCUGUACACCAUCGGGGCUUGAUGCCCUGUGAUUUAUUUUGUACUUAAAUUUAUAUAAAUAUGUACAUGAUUUUAUACUGUAAAUGUGUAUUUAUUGUAAAUAUUAAAAAAGGAUGAAA